AUGGCCUUAAGAUUUUGUCGUAAAGUACAGACAAAUCACAGUAAGUUUUAAAUGAUAUGUUUCAUGAACAGUUUCCUCGGCUCUAAGUGCAUUUUGUUGUUUUUUCCAGGUAUUCUACCAUCACAAUCGAGGCAACUUCUCAAAAAUUAUCUACCAUGUCUUUCACGAGUGUUCUGUCUCAAAACGUCCUCUGCCAGUUCAGCGAGUGGAGUUUCCCAACCAAAAAUUGAUAGGUAAACAUUCACGUUUUAUACAUUCUAUGUGUGUUUUGUAUUUUCCGUGUGUAUCUUCCCUUUGCCGGCCCAGAAGGUCUAAGAAAGUGAGCUUCUCGAUCGAUCGAGAUACUCAACAAAGUCAAGUGGUUUCAAGUUACGUAACUCCAGAUGCAGAUGGAAAGAACAAUAUCCAUGCAACUUGGUUUUUCUUUGCUGAGGUUCUACGCAAAGUUUUGUCUUCAUGACAACAAAGGAACAGAUAAGUAGUAUUUAUUCAUUUUUUUGUGUUUUUUUUCUUCAGUACAGUGCAAGUCGGUUCAAAGCCAAAGACUGGCGUAAUGCUAUUGAACAUGGGUGGCCCCGAAACAACAGAUGAUGUACAUGAUUUCCUAUUGCGACUCUUUUCUGAUCGAGACCUCAUGGUGUUACCAGCUCAAAGGUCUGUAGACUACAAUAAACAAGCUUACAUAUACUAUAUGAUGACUCAUUUCUCUCCCUCAAAUAAGAACACUUUUGAGGAGAAUGUUAAUCAUAUGGAGAGGAGAAAGUCGUUUACUUCACAUCGCAAAAUUGGCAAGCAAAGCAUGUUGAGUCGUAGUCUGGAGAGGGGGAAUGGUGGCAGAGCCUGUAGACAUGCCUUUGAUGCCACCAAUCUGCUGGCACCAGCAAUUAACUUGUCAUUGAAAUGUCUUGAACAAAGGAGUUUUCUGCUGUCUCAUCCAGUUUUUUGCCUUUUUUGCCAGCCCCACUGUGAAGCCUAAUCCACAUGAGGCUAUUCCUGUGCAAGAUUGCACUCAGGAACAAAACAGUAGUCCAUACAUUUUUUCCCAGCGUUUGACAAUGCAAAUGGAUAGUGCAAGUUAUUAACAUGCAGCAAAAGGUUAAUUUAAAUGCAAUUUCUUCUCAUGAAAUAAACACAAUUUUUUUCAAGUUGCUAAACAUGUAUUAAUAAUAAUAUUUGAUGCCUGUAGCUUUUAAUGGAUGAUUUACCUAAUUGUCCUUUUGCUUAAAUUUUUUCUUAAAUUAAUGGAUCACAGUAAAAUGGCUGCCUGGAUUGCAAGAAGAAGAACUCCUAAAAUACAGAAACAAUAUGAGAAAAUUGGUGGAGGUUCUCCCAUCAAAAUGUGGACUGAGAAACAGGGUGAAGGGAUGGUCAAACUGCUGGAUGAGAUGUGCCCUGAAACUGGUAAACCUUUCUUUCAUUCUACCUCAUGGUAUAAUAUUAUUGUGCCAAUAAUUAUAAACAGUGAAAGGUCAUUUCAUCAUGGCUUGACUUACAGAUCAAUUACAUCUCUAUUUAAUUGACCAAUCAGGUCAAUAACCAUCACUGACAUGGUACAACCCACUCUGACUCUGAAGAUGACUAUGCAGUUUGUAUAAUGUAAAUGACACAGCUCAUAGUAUGGUGCAAUCCUAUCAGAUUUGAUUGUUUGAAAAUAUCGCGGAUUGAAGUCGGUAUAAAUUUGGAGGUAUAGUGGCUUUGUUGGUGCGAUUUGGCACAAUUUUUAUGACGAAAGCAAAGCAAGAUAAGAUGAAAUGUUACAACACUUGAAUGACAAUACUUACAUUUACAUUAAUAUAACAAGAGAAAAACGCAGAAUCCGAUGUUACAGCAUUUACAACUAUUUACACCUAAAAAUGUUUUACAAAUUUGACUACUAAUUGCAAAAUUGCAAAUUAAAACAUGAUACAACAAAAAUAUAAGGAGUCUGCCCUACUUCCUAAAGGGUGCUUUGCAUUUCCAUUAUAAAAGUGUUAAAUAAAAAAAAAGAUGAAAAUAAUGUUUGUUUUAACAUUACUCUCUUAAUUAUUUUACCUAAAUGUAAAUCAUAGAGAAAUCUGGUCACCAAAGUGGCAACUAAACCAGAAUUUUUAGUUGCCAAGGAGAAAAUGUUAGUCAUGUUGGUGACCGCAUCAGUUGCAAUUUCGAGCCCUGCUAUACUUGAGGUUGUCAAAACUUCAGAAACUGUCAGCAACAGUCCUAUUCAGGACUACAAUCACCCAGAUUCCACCUGGUUAUUAUGUAUUGUAAAAUAAAAGUAUAAUGAAUUUUUAUUGAAAAUUAAUUUAUAGCACCACACAAGUUUUACAUUGGAUUUCGUUAUGUGCAUCCCCUGACAGAGGACACUGUUGAUGAGAUGGAAAGGUAGGUGACUAGUUAUAUAAGAUUCAAUGUAAGAGUUGUUAUAGCAGCCAUAAAAAUCCUAAAUGUUACGAACAAAAAAAUAAGAAUACAGUGUUUUGUAUUUUAUCAGUAAAUCCAGGCCACAAAAGUUGAAUGCAAGUGUUACUGUUUCGUUCAUGCUGUGUUAAUCGUAAUUCUGUAGGGAUGGAAUAGAAAGGGCAGUAGCAUUCACUCAGUAUCCACAAUACUCUUGUUCCACUACUGGAAGCAGUUUAAAUGCAAUCUACAGACAUUACCAGCAGAAAGGAGCUGUGCCAUCCAUUAAAUGGAGUGUGAUUGACAGAUGGCCAACACAUCCAGGCUUAGUUCAGGUAAAUAAGUAUCAAUAUGUGUUUGUUUAUAACUGGAUAUAUAAAUCCCCUCCAAUUCCUCUCGGAAGGUUGUCAAUAUGAUUCUGGGAUGAGGUUCACAAUUGAAAGUUUUCUGCUCCAUCCGUUUUUCAUGGCAGUUUCCAACAAACAUUUAAAACCUAAUCAGUCCAUUACUAAGUUUAAUAGAAAUUGAUAUUUUCUCCCUACUAGCUUGACUCUGGUCAUUUUUGGGAUAAUUAGCAAUUAAUGAAUGAGGCUUAGUAAGAUAUGAAGAAUUAAGCAGAUCUCGCAGGGUGUUAACCACUGAGGCUGAAAGAAGAUGUGGAAACACCCUCCGAGAUCUGCUUAAUUCUUCAUAUCCUACAAAAGCUGAAUUCAUUAAUUGCUUUAUUAUUCAUUCAAAGUAAUUCCUAGUUUAAAAACAUAGCUAAAACAUACUUACCUGCAUCAAUGUUAACUUCAUCUUUAGUGUACGUGUAGGUUUGUCCAGCUUCUCAAAUAUUCUCCAAAUAGCAGAUGUCGCCCUCCUAGUUGUCUUCUUGCUGUUUUUGUUAUGUCUUUGCUAUUAUUAUUUUCGCCUAGUUCCAGCUGUAGUUCUUACUCUUGAAACAAGCGAAGUGUCCACCAUUUUUGUUUUCACAACCAAAACAACUCAACCUCUUCCCCAGGUCUUCUUGGUAAGGGUGCCUCAACCUGUAGCAGGCUGCAUUUUUGAUGUCAUUUCCUCAUUAAACAUAAAAUUCUUCCAAAUUUGGUCAUCAGUAACUGGUUAAUGUGAAUUAUGCAUGUGCUUUUAGCAAAUCAGAAUUGGGGAAAUAUUUUGAAUGAAUAAUGAUAUAACUUAAACAUCUAAACCGAACUUCACACUCUUGGGCCUCCUCUACCAGUUUUUUAGUCUCUUCCUCCUCCCCCUUACAGGAAAUGUCAUCAUUUUUGACAAUGCCACUCCAGCGUUUUGUAUAAUGCGCUACGCAUAUAUGGAUUAGAGUGACAACAACAUCAAAAUUGCUAGACACGCCAGCGCGGUAUUUACAAGUUACUAGUACUUUGCUGAGACUCUUUAACAGCCAAAUGCCAAGAAAUACAGGCAACAAAGGAAAUUCAAUCAACAUAUUUAGGAUUUUUAUGAAAUGAAUUUGUGUCAUAAAAUACUUCGCUAUAGCUUGUUUACUGAAUCUGCCAGGUGCAAAUAGCUUGUCCAUGAGAACACGUUUCUGUAUGGUUGGAAUGUCUUUGCAAUCCACUUAGCCUCCUUUUAAUUUAGUGGUGGACUGUUUUUUUAUUUAUUUGCCUGAUGUAGGCCUUUGCAGAAAAUGUUCAGGCUGAAUUAGCAAAGUUUCCUGCGGAUGCCCAGAAUGACGUAGUGAUUCUUUUCUCUGCCCACUCUCUUCCAAUGAAGGUAUUCUAACUCAUAUUUUUAUGUAUAAGACAUCACCAUGAAUGAAUUAUUUGAAUGUAUUAUUAGAUGAGAUUAGCAAUCCAGGCUUGAAUUUAACAUCAUUGUAUCCUUACAUUACUUAUUUAUUAGUUAGAUUUGUAUUUCAGUCGUAUCUUGGUACGUCUGCAUGCACAGUUUUAUUCUGUGCGCAUGCAUUAUUUAUUUAUUUUAUUGACAUGUACAUUUAGUUUGUUAAAUAACGUCUUAAUUUUACUUUGCGUUAUUUUCCUCACUUAUUUGUGUUGUCCGUGACUGUGUUGACAUUGUGGGUGGCUCCUUCUAAAAUGUUCUGCAAUUAUUAUUGGUAUAGGAUUUAAUGGAGCCGAAACUAAUUGUGGAAUUGCACCCAUUUUGGGCAUCCUAUAGAUGAACAGUAGACCAGACCCUUAAAAAGGGGGUGGGGGGAGGGCUGGUCUCCAAAAAAUUUUUUUCAGUCCUUUGGGCCUCAGUUUGGUCUAAAAAUAAGGGGGGAGGCAGGGUCCUAGGGCCCCUUCCCUGGAUCCGCCACUGCAUUAGGGUUCUAGAGCAAACAUCUUGGUGCUGCUUUGCAGAUGUUGCUAGCUGGGGUUAGAUAAAUUUUUCCAUGCAGGCUAGAUAUCAGUCACCUUAACCCAGAUAAAUUAUUUGCCCAGUGAAACAUGGCUUGCCCUAUCUUUAGAUCAUUGUCUUUCAGGCAGUGCUUGUUUUUCAAAAAUAUGAUUUGCUGGACACUCAUCCUCUCUAAGCCUUGUCUACAUAUGAGAAAGAACUCACAUUUUUUAUAGGUUGUGGAGAGGGGCGAUCCAUAUCCUCAAGAGGUUGCUGCCACUGUUCAACGUGUAAUGGAGACCUUGGGCCACUCCCAUCCAUACAGACUUGUAUGGCAGUCAAAGGUCAGAAUAAUCUUAUUAUUUACUAAAGCUCUGUAUGGUUGCCCUUCUCGAAGGGGCCAGAGAUCAAGAGACCCCAGGCAAAGUAAUAUCAAAUGCCCCUUCUGUUAAUCAGGUUAAUGGAACAAAAUGGAACAAAAUCCUGCUCAUUUUUACUUACAUUAUAUCUCUUGAUCCUUACCUACUUUAUCUAAGUGUCAUUAAACACUCUCUUUAAACAGUGCUUCAGCAAUUGGACAUUUAUUUUUGUUUUGGAAAACUUUAGCUUGCCAUAUUUACUUGAAGGAAGGAGAACUGCAGCUCUUACAAAAUUUUUUGACUGGUCCGUAUUUGAUAAUUUUGAUCUGUAUGCUUGAAUUGAUCCCCCUUCUCUACCCUGCCUAUUCCCCCUCCUUGUGCAUCCCUUGCAUCGAGCUCUCACACGCCCGAAUCGCCCCUUCCCUCUCCCCUUUUAACGCCUGCUGCGCAGGCUUCCUCUCUCAUAAUUGAAAUAUUUUGCCCCUUAAUUUUAGAAUGCUGAUCAUGAAAAAAACGGACCCGUUGUAUUGAUAUAUUUUUUGAAACUAUAAUUGUGGGGUAAUUGGUAAGUGUUUUUAUUGCAGUGUUUAGUAGAGCCUGGUAGUGGAGUCAUUAUGUGAAGUGUUUAUCGCACUGUAGCAUGUUAUGAUUUUGGGUCUUUGUUAGGUUGGUCCCAUGCCAUGGUUGGGACCUCAGACAGAGGAUGCCAUAAAGGGCCUUGCAAAGAAAGGAAAAAAGAACAUUCUGUUGGUCCCUAUUGCAUUUACCUCUGACCAUAUCGAGACACUUCAUGAGUUGGACAUAGAGUAUGCUGAGGAAGUAGCACAUGAGGUGUGUUUAGUGACGUACAUGUAACGCAUGAACGCUUUUCAUAACGCUUAACAUAUCACUAAUCCUCUAGCCUGCGUGCAGGCUCACUUAUGCGAGCUCGGGAAAAAUGUUUGGUGGCGGAGUCCCAAGUGGGAGAAGAAUGGGUGAUCGAGCCGCGUGGGAAAUUUCCAGAUCUGGGUAGUGACGCGUCAUCAGUGUGGAAUUCCUGCGCUCGUUUCUCAGACGUCAAUUUACAGGGAAACCCGUAGUGGCAUCGCGAAAUGUUGGCCGUUUUCUCAGGCUAGGCCAGGGACAAAACGGCAAAUUGAGCAGCGGAGUUACGUUCAACUCUUUCGCGUUCUUUUGCGUCCUCAUUUGUCGUUGCGUUGUCUUUGUUGUGGUUCAAUUUUAUGCUUGGUUUAAUUUUUUUUUCAAACUCAUCAUCAUACAUUACCAUAUCCCAAAAUAAAAGUAAAUAAAUUUAAACCAAGGAGAAAAUUAAACCACACUAUCUCUGUUAAAUCCGCCUAGUUUUAGGAAGCCGACCAUUAGAGCUGAUAUAUCAACAGCCUCUUUUUGAGAUCCUUAUCCUCUCUUCCGGCAAAAAAAGAACAAGAGGUAAAGAAACAGUUUUAUUCUGGCGGUAUUGUGGCGUUAUUUUUUUGCAGAAAGUUUGAAGGAACCAUAAGAACUAUUCUCUUAUAUGAGAAGAGAGCAAAAACGUAAUAUUAUGAUGUUCAUCUUAACUUUUUGCUUUUGCAGGCUGGCAUCGAGAACAUACGUCGAGCUGCUUCGUUGAAUGACAGUCCGACUUUUAUUCAGGUAAACGGAUAGAUAAGUAAAUUCUCCCUACAAGCACCCGCUGAGAAGUGAGAGAAGAGCAUGUUAGGGACUAUAAACCAUAAUUGAUAAUUAUUCGUUACACACGGGCAACAGGAACAAUAACAAAUUAAUGCUAUGUACAUCUUUGACUCUCACACUCAUCAAGCUACAACUUGACUGGCACGUGGUCCGUGAAACUACUCUCGUACAUGCGCAGUAACAUUGACCUAUUGAAACUAUUCUCUCAUGACAAUAAUAACUAAAUUUUUUGUUACUUUUUUUCUUGUUUAGGCAAUGGCUGAUGUGGUGAAGUCUCAUUUGGACUCUGGAGUCAACUGCUCUCGCCAGCUUCCUCUCCGCUGUCCAAUGUGUGUGAACCCAACCUGUGGCCUCGCUAAAGAGUUCUUUCUCAACAGUGCAUUGUGAAAUGAUCAGAAUAGGGCUAAAUAGUAAAAACGUUCGCGCUCUCUCCUCCGUAAAGAGGCUUGAGCAAGGUGUUGAUUGGUGAAAAACAUGAAGGUAAAAUCAGUAGUGGGUGCAUUCGUUUUUGACAAUUCUUGUUUCGUUCUUUACAGAUAGCAUGGGGAUAAAUGGAAAUGGAAAAUAAGAGUUGACGAUUGGCUUAGAGUAACUGAUGAAAUUAUCACUUAUUGCUGAUUCGAGUUCUAAUGUUUGAGUAACUCGUUGUCAAACGUGGCACCAUUAGAGAACUUUAGAUUUGAGGAUGAGAACGACUACGAGUACGAGAUUUUAUUUAAUGUUCUCUCGCGUACUGCAAAAAAAUAGACACCCUGUAGAGCUUCAUUGUACUUUUUUUUUUUACCAGAAAAGUUAGUACUGUUAUCUUUAUUGAAGGAGGUUAAGUCCUCUCCCGAUAGCAAAAUCAUAAAACUUCCAACAUUUGAUAACUUGUUUCCGCCACUACAACAUUCUUGCUUAACUCGUGGUAGCAGGAAGACGGCCAUCACAUUUUCCACCAAAAUCGCAUUGGUUCACGCGCACUCACUACUUAGUAUUGAGAAAAUCUAGUAGUCGUCCUCGUCUUAAAUCUAAAGGUCUCUAAUUGAAAUGUUUUACAUCCUUACUUCUGGUCUUUUUCCUCCUUUUUUAGCCUGUGCCAGGCUACAAAAUAGAAGGGAAAGCGGAUAGAGAAAAUUUGCGCGAAAACCGCGUGGGAGCCGGUGAGAGUCGCGGAAGUGGAGUCUGCUAGCAUUGUUUUCUAUACCUCAUUCCGGUAUACCAGCUCCUGAUAUACCCUAUACCUGGUCAAUUUUGACAGUUUCCGUCAACAUCUACGUCAAUCAGUUAGCUUCGUGCACGCACAGUCAAACAAACAUGUCGUUUUUCGCUCGCUCGCGUAAUCGCUGCUCGUCCGCUUUUUUCGUCUACUCGCCUUUGCCGUCCAAGAGCCUGGCACAGGUUACCUUUUUCUAUAAUAAGGCAAGGUCAUGUGAUGCAACAGCACAGCAACUUUUCUCGCAUCUUUUGAAAACCUGGCACCUAAUCUACGAUGCGACAAAACAUUGUACUUUUGGAAGUAUGCGCGCAACAAUUCGCACAUGGCUGCAACAAAUUUUCCAUCCAACAUUGAGUGCUUUAAUGCAGACCUAACAACUGAAAAGCGACCGUGAUCAUGUUGUUGUCUUUUUUGGAUAAAAACGCGGAGAAAAACGGAAAAAUCGUUGCGCUUGGCUUUCAUUGCAGCUGGUUGACCUUGCGUUUGUGUGCGAUAUUGUAUCGAUUUUCCGCGCCUUGCUGUAGCCACGUUUUGCGGUCAAGUGGCCAGUUUUGUAUUUCAUGGUCUCAGCAUUUAAUUUUUCACAUUUCCGCCUAGCGGCUGCCUCUAUU